GGCGCGCGCAGGCGCAGGGAGGUCGCAGCUCCUGGUCUACUCUGGUAGUGUUCGAGCUACUGUGGCCGGAGAGGAGUGACUGGAAUUGCUUGAGAGAGAGGAAGGGAGAGAGAGGAGAAACAUCAAUGCAAAAGAGAAACAUUCAUCGGUUGUCUGUCAUGCAUGCUUUGACUGAGGAUCUAACAGAAAACCUAGAAUAUCCACAUUUCAGUUUCCGUGCCCAUCAACAGUUUUAAUUCAUCAUGGAUAACCUGUCAUCAGAAGAAAUUCAGUUGAGGGCUCACCAGGUUACUGAUGAGUCUCUGGAAAGUACAAGGAGAAUCCUGAAUUUAGCCAUUGAGUCUCAGGAUGCAGGAAUCAAGACUAUCACUAUGCUGGAUGAACAAGGAGAACAACUAAACCGCAUAGAAGAAGGAAUGGACCAAAUAAACAAAGACAUGAGAGAGGCAGAGAAGACUUUAACAGAACUCAACAAGUGCUGUGGUCUUUGUGUCUGCCCAUGUAAUAGAUUCUCAGAUGUUGGUUGUUUCUAUCAAAUCAGGACAAAGAACUUUGAGUCUGGUAAGGCCUAUAAGGCAACAUGGGGAGAUGGUGGAGACAACUCUUCUAGCAAUGUCAUAUCUAAACAGCCAGGCCGAGUGACAAAUGGUCAGCCUCAGCAAGCAACCACAGGAGCAGCAGGUGGUGGAUACAUUAAACGUAUAACAAAUGAUGCCAGAGAAGAGGAAAUGGAAGAGAACCUGACUCAAGUGGGCAGUAUCCUAGGAAAUCUAAAAAACAUGGCCCUGGACAUGGGUAAUGAAAUUGAGGCUCAAAAUCAACAAAUAAAUCGGAUCACAGAAAAGGCUGACACCAACAAAGAUCGUAUCGAUGUUGCCAAUGCCAGAGCAAAGAAACUCAUUAACAGCUAAAGUACUGCUGUACUUCUUUACCAUUUAUUCACUUGCCUAGUUCUUCCUUCAAAGUCAUUGCCUUUUCAGAGUUUGAAAUUUUGGUUCUGCACUCUUCUAAUCAGGAGAUAAUGUGGAAGGGCAAGGAGUAACCGCCCGUUUUUUAUUUUCUCUUUUUCCCUUAAGGGGAGACAGCUGCUCCACCUUCCUUCCACUUACUUGCUUGCUUGGUUUAUAUUCUUAGAUUGAUUUUUAUACAUUACAUAUAGCUUUGUUUUUCACCCUCCACAUUUACUGUAGCAGGUUCUUCUGCUUUCAAGAUUUGGAAGCAUUGCCAAAGACAGUCAUGAAAAAGGAAGCUAGAGGUCGGGGAGUACAAGAGGAGAAGCAAGAGAUAAGAGGUUGUUACCUCAGUAAAACCUUCAGGCCACAAAGCAAAAAGUUGCAUAGCCACAGUAAAGAUCUAGUUCAGUUUAGAUUUUAAGUUGCAGGUAUUGCCAAUUUAGGCUAAAACUUGAUUUUGGAGGUUUUAUAUACAAUAUUUUUGUUAUACAUCACAACUUUGCAACCUCUGUUUCAAAAAAGAACAGAAUGAGUUUUCUGAAAGUGAGCUUAAUUCCUGAACUCUUGGUGAUUUUUAUACACACACACAGAUUCUGUGAUCACAUUUCAUAUUGUACCAUACAGGAGCACUUUGUACAAAUGAAUGGCUUUUUAUUUUCAUAUUAUUAGUAUCAUGUUUGCAAUAUAAGCCUAUUAACCUCAUAAAUUUGUCAUUAGUCUUUGAAGAAAAAUAUGUAAAUAUGUAUGUGUAACAGGAGAAUUUCUCUCUAAAGCAGGGCUUAAAAUUUUUUGGGAAAAUUUGACAAAAUACGUCACAUGAUUUCAGAUUUACCUCAAUGCCAAGAAUUAUGUUUAGAUAGGAAAAAAUAAACUUGUUUUCAUCUCAGGUAGAAAAAAUGUUAUAUUGCUUUGAGUUUAAUGUAGAUUUGGGCUUUUAAAAAGCUAGAAUUCUGUUUAACUAAAAAUGAUUUGGAAAGUUAUGCCUUCAGUUUGAUUAUUUAUGAUUGUACUCUCAAUAUCUUAGCCUUGUAUAUUGAACCAUGUUCAGAAUCAUGCUUACGUAGACCCUUAACAGUGUUGUAAGAAUAUGAUUGCUAUUUGUCACAUUUAUUUAGAAGCUAGUACCAGCACACUUAAAAGCUAAUAAGGUGGAUUUGUUUAAUGAAUAACACUCUUGAGUGCCCCCUACUGGGAACCUGGCCCACAACACAGGCAUGUGCCCUGACUGGGAACUGAACAGGCGACCCUUUGAUUCACAGGUUGGCACUCAAUCCACUGAGCCACACAAUCCAGGACAAGAGGAAAAUAUUUCAAGUGAGAUUCAUUUAGGCUCUCUGUAAUAGAAAUGCUCUAUGCCAAAGAGAGUAGCUUGGCAGGUGAUGGUACAUGUGUAAAGCAAAAAGGUAUAAAACACUGGGAAUUAUCCUGUACCUAAAUGCCCUUUCUUAAAGAAUUUAAAAGAAAAUCUUUAACACCGUUAAGCCUGAGAGAAAGGGUUCUGAGGGUACCAAUAUGCUACCCUCGAGAAUAAUUGGUUAGAAGUAUGAGCUUAGGUAUCAAAUUGGAUUUACACUGUAGUUCUGCCAUUUGCUGGCUAAGUGACUGUAAGCCCAUUUCUGUGCCUCAGUCACCUAGUCUGUAAAUGGGAAUCAAUAAUUCCUACACCAUAGAGUUGUUGCAAAGACUUAGCAUGAUAAUGUAUGGAAAGCACUUAGAGCACUGUCCAGCCAAUGUAACAGCUUAAAUGAUAGCCUGUCAACACAGCCUGUCUCUGCAGAGAAAUAGACAUACAAACAUGACUCAUACAUAAAUGGGUCUUGAAAGCCAAU